ACCACCAACCACCACCACCAACCACCACCACCAACCACCACCACCAACACGAUGAAGCUUUCCACUGCUCUCCUCAUCUCUGCCUCUGCUGCUCUCUCCAGCGCUACUGGCCCAGAUUACAACCCAGAAACUGGCAAAUGGACCUGCCACGUCCCCGACGCAGUCUACUGCGCCGGCGACUCGCUCAAGACAAACAUCAUCAUCCGCUGCACCGGUCUCGUCGGACAACCCGGGAACUGCAAUGAUAACCUGGCUGGCGAGCCGCCUCUGGGCGUGCAGCCCACGCUCUGUUAUGCGCCACAUCUGCACAGCGCUGCUUGCGUGAAGAACUGCAUCGUCUACGGCGGCUCCGGCAACCUCAACGGCGUGUUCACCCUCCCCGUCGACGUCUGCACACCCACGCCCGUCGAACCAACCUCAACCACCACCACCAAGCCAGAGCCCACCGCUACCACCACCAAGCCAGAGCCUACCACCACCACCAAGCCAGAGCCAACUACCACGGCUAAGCCCACCGAACCCACUACCACUAAGAAGCCAGAGCCAACUACCACGGCUAAGCCCACCGAACCCACUACCACUAAGAAGCCAGAGCCAACUACCACGGCUAAGCCCACCGAACCCACUACCACUAAGAAGCCAGAGCCAACUACCACGGCUAAGCCCACCGAACCCACUACCACUAAGAAGCCACCGCACACCAAUAAGCCCACCGUCGUCCCACCUACUACUGUCACCGUAACCAUCUCCGAGUGCGCCACCACCCCCACCCCACCAGCGACCAUCACGACCGUCACAAACGGCACCGGCCCCGCCCACCCGACUGGUGGUGGUGGUGGUGGCAAGACCAAUACGCCCGUCGGCCCAUCGUCUACUAUCACACCACCUAUUCCCGCUGCGGCGGUCGCGAACGCGGCGAGUUUGGGGAUGGUGGUGUUGGCGGCUGCUGUUGCGUUCGCUGUUUGAGGGGGGGUUUGAUGGAUGAGUGUUUGAGGAUGACGUUGCUCUUGGCGGGGUGCCUGGUGCCUGGUACCUGGGAUUUGUGUGGGGUGAGAUUUAUGUCAAGUGGGAGUAAUUACCGGUGGAGGAGAUGGGGUGAUGGGAUGAUGGGGAUGGUGAGAGAUGGGAUGAUCCGAUGAUGACGAGGCCUGGCGUUGGAGUCUGCAACUAAUCUUACGUUUAUUCGUAGUUAUCUAGCAAAUUCCAAUUCGAAUAAAGUGAAAAAAUACUUCCGUUGUCUAGUGCCUAGUGUCCAUAGCCAAAUUAUUUUCAUCCCCC